AUGUAUACAAUGAACAUUACAAAUUAUAAUAGUACAAAAACUUUGUAUGAUCCAUUACCGAGUUAUGAACAAACAAUUAUUCUUAUUAUCUAUUGUUUCAUUUUUGUAUUAGGCCUUAUAGCUAUUACCGAUCUUCUAUUUUUGUUACUAUCUGUUCCAUUGACAACAUAUUUGGGAUUACGAGAAACUUGGCCAUUUGGACAUAUUUUAUGCAAAAUACACAUUUAUUUAGCCCAUGUGUUUCUACAAGCAACAUGUUUCACAUUGGCCGUAAUGAGUAUCGAUCGUUAUUUGUACAUUGUUCAAGUUAGAGCAAAAUUAGAAUGGCGAACAACUCGAAAUACGUUUGUUAUAUGUUUUCUUAUAUGGGCAGUUAUAAUUAUUUGUUACUCAAAACUCAUGUAUUAUUUAAUUAGAAAUUCAAAAUCGAUCUCAAAACAGCAAACGGCUUCUUUUCAUCAAAGUGUUCGAACAAAACAAAAACGUGUAACAAAAAUGGUUGUCAUUGUGACACUGGUAUUUGCUAUCUGUUGGUUGCCAAUACAGACACUGGAGUUACUUAAUUGUACAAAAUCACCAUUGUUACGAACAUUUUCCUAUCGUCAUCCAAAACUAUUAAAUCGAAUUCGUAUCGUUUCUCAUGCAUUAUCCUAUUUUAAUUCAUGUCUAAAUCCAUAUUUAUACGCAUUAUUGAAUCGAAAUUUUUGUGCCGAUGCCAUCAAUGUAAUAUUAAAAUUAUGUCAGUGUAUUCCAAGCAUCAACAAUUCACUAUCAACAACUUCCUGCAAACAACGGAUCAUGGAAAAUGUUAUUUCGCGUCAUACACAUGAGCUACAUAAAGGUCCAAGAAUUGAGAAUGAUAUCGUUCAUCAAGAGAUGGUAAAUCUUAAAGAUUCAUACAAUGCUGGUUAUCAAAUUGAAAUAAUGAUGGAAGAGCCUACUGUUAAUGUUAGUGAUCAUUUAUCGGCUAACAAUACAAAUAAUUUAUAA